AUGAAUGGAUAUAAUUUGUUGGAGACUACGCUCAGGGAUGUCCUUCAUGCGAUCAAUCCCUUGAGAGAGGAUUGGACUAUAAGGUUUCAAAUCAUUGAUGAACUUCGAGCUGUUGUUGAAUCCAUAGAAAGUCUGAGAGGUGCGACUGUGGAACCAUUUGGAUCUUUUGCAUCUAAUCUUUUCACAAGAUGGGGAGAUUUGGAUAUAUCAAUAGAGUUGCCUAAUGGUUCAUAUAUCUCAUCCCCUGGGAAAAAGCACAAGCAAAGUUUACUGGGAGAUGUACUAAAAGCAUUGAACAGGAAAGGUGGAUGGCGUAAGCUGCAAUUCAUCUCCCAUGCUAGGGUACCCAUUCUGAAAUUUGAGGGCAGAUACAACAUCUCUUGUGACGUUUCAAUAAACAAUUUAAGUGGUCAAAUGAAGUCAAAACUGCUAUUCUGGAUCAAUGAGAUUGAUGGACGCUUCCGUGAUCUGGUUUUAUUGGUGAAAGAAUGGGCCAAAGCUCAUAAUAUUAAUGAUCCAAAAUCUGGAACUAUGAACUCGUAUACUCUUAGCUUGCUUGUAGUCUUCCAUCUUCAGACUUUAGAACCGGCAAUUUUACCUCCUCUUAGAGAAAUAUAUCCAGGAAAUAUGAUUGAUGACCUUACAGGUGUGAGAGCUGUUGCAGAGAAACGUAUUGAGGAGACAUGUGCAGUAAAUAUAAACAGAAUUAAAUCUGAUAGGUCGAGAUUAAUCAACAGAAGCACCAUGUCUGAGCUCUUUAUUUCCUUCCUUGCAAAGUUUUUUGAAAUUUGUUCAAGGGCUUCUGCACAAGGCGUCAGCCCAUAUGCUGGACAGUUGGAAGACAUCAACAGCAACAUGAGAUGGCCACAGAUAUCACAUUUAGUGGCUAGAACGCCGGUUAGACAACAAGCACCUUCACAAUCUAUGCCAAGAGCGACACCUUCUAGUAAUCACAGCAGAAAAGGACUCGGGACUCACCAACAUGCUCGGAGAAAGCAGACUCAUGGACAACUUCAACAGCAGUUUCACAACAUGAGGGUUGAUAACAGACGAAAUGGGACAAUGAAUGGGCAGGCUCAAAACACCAGGAUUGAUAACAGUCGAAAUGGGACAACGAGUGGACAGGUCAAGGCGUCUCCUAGUCAAAGACAGCAAGUAUGGAGGCCAAUACCUGAAAGAUGA